AUGAGCAAACGAAACAGAGAGGAAAAUCAUCAAUUCAUUAAUUCGGAGGAAAUAUUCAAUAAUAAUAAUUUUAUGGAAGAGAAAGCAAAAAAGUUUGUGAAACUCGACACACAAGAAAUAUUUUCUGAUGAUAUUUGUUUUGAAAUAAUUUCAAUGCUUGAUGAUUCGUGGUUUAUUUUAAAUAAUUGUACUUUGAUUUCAAAACAAUUCUUUAAUGUGAUCAAGGAACGUUCAAAACUUGUUAUUCAAUUUAAAAACAAAAUUACAGAGAAACGAGUUGAAUUAUGUAUGAAAAGCCAAUUUAUGAAUAGUAUUGUUAAUGUUAAAUUUUCAACAAAUUUGCUGGAAGCCAUAGAAGAACUCGAAUUAGUAACUGAAAUGAAACAAUUAACAUCACUAAAUAUUCGUGGCAAUCGAAUUGGUGAUGAAGGAGCCAAAUAUAUCAGUGAAAUGAAACAAUUGACAUCACUAAAUAUUCGUGAAAAUGAAAUUGGUGAUGAAGGAGCCAAAUUCAUAAGUGAAAUGAAACAAUUAACAUCACUUGAUAUUCGUGGCAAUAGAAUUGGUGAUGAAGGAGCCAAAUAUAUCAGUGAAAUGAAACAAUUAACAUCACUUAAUAUUUAUUACACUCUCAUUGGCAUAGAAGGAGCCAAAUUCAUAAGUGAAAUGAAACAAUUAACAUUACUUAAUAUUUAUUACAAUCUCAUUGGCAUAGAAGGAGCCAAAUUCAUAAGUGAAAUGAAACAAUUAACAUUACUUGAUAUUUCUAACAAUGAAAUUGGCAUAGAAGGAGCCAAAUUCAUAAGUGAAAUGAAACAAUUAACAUCACUUAAUAUCAAUUACAAUGAAAUUGGUGAUCGAGGAGCCAAAUUCAUAAGCGAAAUGAAACAAUUGACAUCACUUAAUAUUUCUUACAAUAUAACUGGUGAUCGAGGAGCCAAAUUUAUAAGUGAAAUGAAGCAAUUAACAUCACUUGAUAUUUCUAACAAUCGAAUUUGUGAUGAAGGAGCCAAAUACAUUGUGAAAUGA